AUGGCUUUGAUCAAGAGCAAAUCCUUCUUCACUUUUUUGAUGAUUCUUGUGGCACUUUUGGGAGUUGCUGUUGGAGGAACCGUUCACAAAGUCGGUGACUCGAACGGAUGGACCAUGAUGGGCGUGGACUACGAAGCUUGGGCCUCUUCAAGAACUUUUCAAGUUGGAGACUCGUUGGUCUUCGAAUACAACAACGAGUACCACGACGUCACUCAAGUCACUCUCAAUGAUUUCGAGCUCUGUGAACCGUCUAACUCGCUAGCCACAUACCAAACCGGUUCUGACAUGGUCAAACUAACCAAACCGGGAGUCCAAAACUUUAUAUGCGGAGUUCCUGGUCACUGCGACGUAGGUCAAAAACUUCAAAUCCACGUCUUACCAGCCUCGUUGGGUCCCGUUGCAGCUCCCGUUCCUAGACCGGUCCGAUCACCAAGCUCCUUCUCGCCUCCUUCACCGUCUCCGUUGGCUUAUUCACCGGUUAAUAAUGCUCCACAGUAUCAGAUGGGACAAUCACCAGCUCCACAUAGCUCAGCUUCAAGCUCUCGUAUUUGGAUAGGAUUAUGCUCCCUAUUUCUUUUGCUUUCUCUUAUCGUCUUUAGUUGA